GGCGCGGCUCGGGGCGGAUCCGUACGGCUCGGAACAGCACGGAAUAACACGGCACGGCUCGGGAUGGAGGCGGCGUGGCCGGAGCUGGAGGCUGCUGCCCGGGAGCGGCGGCGGGAGCUGUCUCUGCCGGGCGCGGCGGUGUCGGAGCGGGUGGCGGCGGGCGGCGGGCGGCUGCCGGCGGCGCUGCUGGGGCUGCCGCUGCUGCAGUCGCUGGAGCUGAGCGGCUGCGCGGCGCUGCGGGAGCUGGGCCCGGGGCUGGCGGCCGCCCUGCCCGCCCUGCACACGCUGGUGCUGCGCUGCAACGCGCUGGGCCCCGCCGGGCUGGGCCCGGGGCUGGGCGGGCAGCUGCCGGCCCUCCGCCUGCUCGACCUCUCCGGGAACGGCCUGGAGGAGCUGCCCGCCGAGCUGGGCGGCGCGGAGAGCUGCGGGGAGCAGCAGCAACAACCCGCAGCCUUCCCGCAGCUCCGCAGCCUCAACCUGAGCGGUAACCGGCUGCGGGAGCUGGGCCCGGGGCUGGCCCGAGCCGCGCCUCAGCUCCAGGCGCUGCUGCUCUCGGGCAACCGCCUGCGGGCCCUGCCCGGCCGCCUGCUGCCGCCCGCCGCCGCCUUCCCCCUCCUCAGCCGCCUCGAGGCCGCCGACAACGAGGUGGAGGAGCUGGGCGCUGACAUCGCCGCUCUGCCGGCCCUCAAGAGCCUGGACCUGGCCAACAACCGGCUGACGGAGCUGCCCGCCGCGCUGGCCGACUGCCCCAGGCUGAAGGAGGCCAACUUCAGGGGCAACCAGCUGAGGGACAAGCGGCUGGAGAAGAUGGUCAACGGCUGCCAGACCAAGGCCAUCCUGGACUACCUGCGGGCCGGCGGCCGCGGCAAGGGCAAGGGCGAGAACGCCAGGGAGGAGGCCAGGAAGAAGAAAAGGGAGAAGCAGCAGAAAAAGGACGGCGGGGAAGGGGAGCAGGACGAGCUGGAGGCCGUCAGCAAGCUGCUGGUGAAGGUGCUGCACGUCUCUGAAAAUCCCACGCCGCUGGUUGUCAAAGUCAGCCCGGGCGUCAGAGACGUCCGGCCCUUCAUCGUGUGCUGCGUGCUGAAAGGAGUAAACCUGAACCCGGGCAAUGCUCUGAAGAGGUUCCUGACCGCGCAGACUAAACUGCAUGAAGACAUCUGUGAAAAGCGAACAGCAGCCACAAUUGCCACCCAUGACUUGCAGUUGGUCAAAGGUCCCCUGACAUACGAUGUUCAGCCUCCUGGUGAGCUGAAGAUAACGCCCCUGGGUCGAAAGGAGAUCAAGGCAAAGGAUCUUCUCCGUCAGCUGCAGCUAGAAGCAGAGGAGCAGAGGAAACAGAAGAAGCGUCAGAACGUUUCUGGGUUGCACAAGUAUCUCCAGUUACUGGAUGGCAAAGAUAACUACCCGUGUCUUGUGGAUGCUGAAGGUGUUGUGAUUUCUUUCCCACCAAUAACCAACAGUGAGAAAACAAAGAUUAGAAAAACCACCCGUGAUCUGUUUCUGGAAGUGACAAGUGAUACCAGCUUACAGAUAUGCAAAGAUGUCAUGGACACUCUAAUUCUGAAAAUAGCAGAACUGAACAAAUUCACCUUGGAAAAUAAGGAAGAAUGCUCAGGCUCAGAUAACGAACCCGAUGCUCUUUGUGGACCAGUGAAUGUGAACCCCGGCCAAAAUACACAGCAGAGUUUUCCGUUGGUAGUGGAGCAGGUUCGAGUGGUGGACACAGACGGGAACCUGAAAGUACUUUAUCCUUCAAAAACUGACCUAACCACAGUUUCUUCUCUUCUGACUGUAAUACGCUAGCAGCUGUCAAAGCUAAGAAAAUUGUUCUUUUUUUUUUUUUCCAUAUUCAAUAAUGCAACUUGCACGCAGUGAGAUUGUUUGUUUUAAAGAAAAGAUGGAGUGUGUCCUGCCUGGGUGUGUAAAAACUUAAAAGUUUGAUCAAGUCGUGAUAAGGAGUGUUGCAUUCUCUCAGCCUUAAUAGGAAGUCAUCAGUUUUCUGACUAGGUGGAGACAAGAUCAUCAUCAAAUGCAAACAGAAAAGUAGUGAACGUAUUCAAGUCAGAAUGUACAAACGUGUAAGGAGAAUCAUUACAAAACCAUAGCGGUUUGUAAAAUGAACACAGUCAUAUUUCUCUGCAAGGUAAAUAUUUCUUCCCGGUAUGUUUCACCUGGAUUAUUUUAGUAGCUGAACUGAGAAGUCCAGUAGGUGACAGCACUGACACUGAGUUACGUUCUGCGUGCCAGUUCUGAAGACAGGAUGCAGAAGUACUUAGCUAACAUCUCAUUUUGCAUAGUUUUAUAUCUGGAGUAACCAUGAAACUGAAAAUUCUGCCUAUUUUAAAAAUCUUCAACCUAACCACUGCCAGAACUUGAGCAAUGAGUUUUACUCUGAUGUUUUUUUCCGUGUUAACACAUUUAACACAGCUUUCAUUUUUAAGUAAAGUCAGUUAAUGACUGCAGGGGCUUGUGUUCCCCAGGGUGUUUUAGAGCCAUAAUCCAGCCAUGUGGAAGUACCAGUCAUGGUGUAUUUGUUGUGCACUCAUCAACUUAGCUGUUGGUCAAGAUCUGAAUUUGUUCUUGCUUAUGACCUUCAGUUUUGUUCAGAGGGACAAUACUGGCUUACAGUGACACCACUAGAGCUCCCCGCCUCCCCAGAAGGUAAGUGUUUUUAUCUGGAGUGAUGCUGGUGGAGCACUCAGUCAUACUCCAGUGUGGAGAGUGCUGAGGACUCCUUCCAAAAUACAUGAAGUUUUUCUAAAUUUUGCAGCCUCUGGGUGAUUUUUACAUCCUGGCUGCUAACUAUGAAUGUAGAGCUGUCCAUAAACUAGGGUGACCCGUGGAUAUACUUUAUUUCCCCAUUAGAAACAAUGUAGAGCUCUAACAAAACUUCCAGAUACUGUGUCAAAUAUGUCAACGUGUUGCAUAUUGAAUGGAAAAUAAAACGGUUCUUGCAGUCACUGUCA